AUGUCGGAUGAAAUUGCUGAGAAUGGGACAGCCAACGGAGACGUACCAGAGAUCGAGCUCAUCAUAAAGGCAUCGACGAUAGACGGACGACGAAAAGGAGCAUGUCUGUUUUGCCAGGAGUAUUUCAUGGACCUGUACCUCUUAGCCGAGCUCAAGACAAUCAGUUUAAAAGUGACGACAGUCGACAUGCAGAAGCCGCCGCCGGACUUCCGCACCAACUUCGAGGCGACGCAUCCCCCUAUCCUGAUCGACAACGGCCUUGCGAUUCUGGAGAACGAGAAGAUAGAGCGGCACAUCAUGAAGUCGGUGCCCGGCGGUCACAACCUGUUCGUGCAGGACAAGGAGGUCGCGUCGCUGAUCGAGAACCUUUAUUCGAAACUGAAGCUGGUACUCGUGCGCAAGGAUGAACAGAAGUCGGCCGCCUUACGCGCGCAUCUAGGACGCAUUGAUGCACUCCUGGAGCGCCGGGGGACGAGAUUCCUAACGGGCGACACCAUGUGCUGCUUCGACUGCGAGCUGAUGCCUCGUCUGCAGCACAUCCGCGUCGCGGGCAAAUACUUCGUUGACUUCGAGAUUCCGACGAGUUUCCGCGCGCUCUGGCGCUACAUGUACCACAUGUACCAGCUGGACGCGUUCACCCAGAGCUGCCCCGCCGACCAGGACAUCAUAAACCACUACAAGCUGCAGCAGUUAUCGACAAAAGGUUUGCUCAUGUCGCCGACACCGGCGCGGCAACGGAACGACGCGGAUGCGGCCUCGGCGCUCAAGAUGAAGAAGCACGAGGAGCUGGAGACGCCAACAUUCACCACCUCCAUCCCCAUCGACGUGAACGACACUAGCGCCACCGAA